UUAACUUUUCAAUCAUGUGUCAGCAGCAAGAAGACGUUCUGCGGGCGCGCACGUGAGACGGCAUUCGAGCACUGUGAUUGGGCGAAAAGCCUGGGAUUGUUCUCGUCGGCUCGACUGGACUGAGCAGCGCAUCUGCAGAUGGAAAAACGUACGGCACCGCAUCGACAGACUUAACUGGAGGCGCCUGCGCAGAUGGAUUUCUUUGCUGCUUCGACGGCCACUGUUACUUCGACGGCCACAUUGACCAGAUCUACCCACCCCCCAGUUCGACGUCAUCAAUGCGGCCGACUAUAAGAGACGGACCGAGCUGCAAUUUCUUCAGUGGGCACGUCAGCUGCUCCCCAGCAAACAUGAACCCCUUCCUGUAUUUCAUGCAGGUUAGUAAAAAUUACUCCACUGUCAAAACUAGCAACCGUUGUUUCAUCCAGCUGACGUGCCCCACAUGUCUAAAUAAGUUGUACUUUUUUGUUCAAGAUGUUGUAUGCUCAUUGCUGAUAAUGUGUGGUGAUGUGGAAUCGAACCCUGGGCUGAACACAGAGGAGCUUUUGCGCCAAAUCCUUGAUGGUCAAAAAACCAUGCAAGCAAGGCUUGACACUAUUGAAUCCAAGGUCGAAAAUUCGACAGCAGCAUUUACAGAACUCACAAGCAAAAUUUCCAGCCUUGAGGCAACUAUCCAGACCAUACAAACCAAACUGAUCGACCUCGAAGACAGGAGCAGACGCAAUAAUCUUCUUGUGUUCGGUUUACCGGAACGUCCUGAUGAAACAUUCCAGUCACUAACAAAUACGGUGGUUUCUGAAAUAUUUGAAAACAUGCUCGGUGUAAAGGUGUCAACAGUCGAAAGAAUUCACCGAAUAGGACAAAAGAGGCGAAACAAAAACAGACCGGUAGUGCUCCGGUUAAUUGAUCACCGUGAAAAAAUUAAUGUACUCAGAAACUGCUCUAAACUGAAGGGAAAAGAUAUCUCAGUUGCCGAAGACUUCUCACCAGAAACUAGGCAGACCAGGAGGUACUUAUGGGAAAGCACUGCAAAUAUCAGGAAAAAGGGCGAGAAAGUGAAACUUGUACACGACAAAGUCAUCAUAAAUGGAGAUACAUAUGCUUGGGAUGCUGCUGAGAUGAAAAGAAUUCCCGUUUUAGCAGCCAACAAAAAUCUAGGAAGAAACAGUGAACUUCUUCGGUCACUCAAAAAUACUUCCGCAUCAUUAAUCUGAACGCCCGCAGCAUCGUAAACAAAGUUAGCGACUUGCAAAGUAUUAUAGUGGCGCAUGAGCCGCAUGUCGUAAUAAUAUCUGAAACUUGGCUGCACUCAGGUAUCUUAGACUUCGAGAUAACACCACCAGGGUACAAAAUAUAUAGGAAGGACCGAGAUUCCCGGGGGGGCGGA